AUGGCGAUGGCGACGGUGCAGUGCCGUGCGGUGUGCGCCCUGGCGGUUUUUGCGCUGCUAUGCGGCUGCUUCUCGUCUGUGUGCGGGGAGGAGGCGUCCAAAGUGAAGGUAUCGGCAGGUGUGCAGCUGCAAGUGACUUGCCCAACGACUGUCAAACCGACGCAGUGGUACUUCUCUGGAUCGAGAACUAUUGAAUGGAUAAGCUGUUCUGGUGCAACGGGAGGCUCUGUCUCAACAAGUGCCAAGGACGAAAUCGGUGAGCGCAUCUGCAUCUGGGCCAUAUUGCUGUACAAUGACACGCUCUUGAAGCAGUGCACCACAUCGGAUCGACGUCUUUUGGUACAUCGCGUUCCGUGGAGUGUUUGA